AGGAACGGAGUCUGACAUUUCCUUCCUCUAGAGUGAGAGAGAGGGAGAGAGAGUGUGUGCGUGUGUCCGUGUGAGGAAGUUUUUGAAUUUGACUGUGAUUGUUAUACUCAGGCUCUGUGUGUCUUCUACCGGUAAUGGUCGAAUACUUUAUGGGUUUUUCAAACACGGGCUUCUUCUACCUCUUCUUCUAGCUUGGAGAUUCUUCUACAUGUAUUUUCUUGCGUUUCUUUAAUGACUUCGACCGUUUGAUGUCUGUUUCUUCGUCACGAAACGAAAAUGAGCUCUUGUUACUUUUUUAUUCUUAGAAACUGUUUUCUGGGUCACUGUUUUUGGGAAGUGAGUGACUGACUGACUGUCAGAAAGAGUGUUUGAAGAUCCAGCUGUUGUUUGAUUGCAGAUUUUAGAAGGAUUACUUGUUUCUGUUUUAGUGAGAGAGAGAGAGAGAGAGAGGGAGGUUUGUUGGUCACGUUAUGGUGGUUUGCUGAUUUUUACAAACAAGCAUUUCUUAGUUACAGUUUUCACAGAGAGAAAGAGAGAGAGAGGUUUGACGAUGAAGCUAUAGUGGGUUGCUUUCUGUGUUAAAGGGACAAGUCUCUUGGUUUCUGAGUCUUAAAGAUCCAGUUGACGCAGAGUGAUAGUGAGAGUGGCACGAUUUGGUCGCUUUUAAUUGUCGAAGAACCCCAAAAGUUAAGGAGAUUGAAGACAAUUUGAGUUUACAGGCCUUAGAGUUCUCCGGUUCUCUUAAUUCCAUUCGUCACGGCUCUGUCAAAAAAUUUGAUCGAUAACAGACUUUGAGAUCAUGGUGGAAGAAAGUAUAGCUGACAGCCAGUCUGCUGAAGACUGGUUAUCUCAUGCACAAGAACUUGUUCCAGUGGCACUUAAUAAGGCUAGGGAAGUGAAAGGGUUCCCUGGUAGGUGGAAGAUGAUAAUGUCAAAACUGGAGCAGAUCCCAGCAUGUUUAUCGGACUUGUCAACUCACCCUUGCUUCUCAAAGAAUGCACUUUGCAAGGAACAAUUGCAUGCCAUGUUGAAGACGUUGAAGGGAGCGAUUGAAUUAGCUGACUUAUGUGUAGGGGAGAAGUAUGAGGGGAAGCUUAGGAUGCAGAGCGACUUGGAUGCUUUGUCAGGGAAGUUGGACUUGAAUUUGAGGGAUUGUUGGCUUUUGAUCAAGACUGAAGUGCUUGGUGAGGCUACUUUGCCUUCAUCUGUAGCUGUGUCAUCAGCUGAGCCAGAGGCUACAACCCAUAGCAAUAUUAGGGAGCUACUGGCACGGCUUCAGAUUGGGCACUUGGAAGCGAAACACAGAGCACUUGACAGCCUUUCUGAGGUAAUGAAAGAGGAAGAGAAGAAUGUAUUGGCUGUUUUCGGCCGGAGCAAUAUUGCUGCUUUAGUUCAAUUGCUUACAGCAACAUCUCCUUGUAUCCGGGAGAAGACAGUCACUGUAAUUUGCUCGCUAGCAGAAUCUGGGAGUUGUGAGAAUUGGCUUAUCUCAGAAGGAGUUCUGCCCCCUCUGAUUAGGCUUGUUGAGUCAGGUAGCUCAGUGGGCAAAGAGAAGGCUACAAUUUCGCUUCAGAGAUUGUCUAUGUCAACAGAAACAGCUCGUGCAAUUGUUGGGCACAGUGGGGUGCGUCCACUGAUUGAGAUCUGUUGGACUGGUGAUUCUGUUUCACAGGCUGCCGCUGCUUGUACUUUGAAGAACAUAUCGGCUGUCCCAGAUGUGAGACAAACUCUAGCCGAAGAAGGGAUUAUAAGGGUUAUGAUCAAUCUUCUCGAUUGUGGAAUUUUAUUGGGUUCCAAAGAAUAUGCAGCAGAGUGCUUGCAGAAUCUCACUGCCAGCAAUGACAGUCUAAAGAGGUCUGUUGUUUCAGAAGGUGGUGUUCGGAGCCUGUUGGUUUAUCUUGAUGGUCCACUCCCCCAAGAGUCUGCAGUUGGGGCAUUAAGGAAUUUGGUUGGCUCGGUUUCUGUGGAGAUUUUGAUUUCUCUUGGCUUGCUUCCCCGAUUAGUUCAUGUGCUUAAAUGUGGAUCAUUGGGCGCACAACAAGCUGCUGCAUCGGCAAUUUGUCGGGUUUGUACCUCGACGGAGAUGAAGAGACUGGCAGGUGAAGCCGGGUGCAUUCCUCUGCUUGUCAAGAUGCUUGAGGCUAAAUCAAACAGUGUUAGCGAGGUUGCUGCGCAAGCAAUUUCAAGCUUGAUGAUCCUUUCCCAGAAUUGUAGAGAAGUUAAGAGGGAUGAUAAGAGUGUGCCGAAUCUGGUGCAACUGCUCGACCCAAGUCCACAGAACACUGCAAAAAAGUAUGCAGUUUCCUGCAUUGCAUCUCUAUCUUCCAGUAAGAAAUGCAAGAAACUGAUGAUCUCAUAUGGAGCAAUUGGAUAUCUCAAAAAGCUCACAGGAAUGGACAUCCCCGGGGCUAAGAAGCUGCUGGAGCGAUUGGAAAGAGGAAAACUAAAGAGUUUGUUUAGCAGGAAAUAGAGAAAAUUGUAACUGUCUUUUGUAUAAUAAUGUUCUCCUUUAUUAUUUUCUUUUUCUUGUUAGUGUUUAUAAUCGUUGUUUCAUUGUCUAUAUGAAAUGAUCGAAGUAGUUGAUGAUA